AUGGAGGUCUUCUGGAGACGGCUGGAUAACCCAGUGGCGAUCGCUCACCUGGGGCUUCGGGACAAACAAUGGCUGGCAGACCUGAAGAAAGACGAAUAUUGCAACUCAGAUCUGUUGACACGAGACUCUUCCGGGCAAUUAGCCAGUGUUACAGGUCUUCUGCGCGAGUGUUUGGACAUAAUUCGGGACAAGGCUGCUUCGGAAGACCGAGAGGGGUUUGAUUUCGUCAAACAAUGUGCCCUUGUGCCUCUUAGCAUGUGUCACCUCGAGAAAGCCAUGCAAGCGGAUGGACAGAAGUCAGAGGCAGACGUGGAGAGGUUACGGCAGAUUUACGAGGAUGAUUCUGCUGCCAAAGGCCCCAAGUCGUUCGACGACACAGUACUCGAAAAGCUUCUUGCCGGAGAAGAACCCUCUCUGGAAGCUGCCAGGACAGAAUUCCUCAACUUCCAUCAAACGAAGUCUCGGGAGAAGAGCGUCGAAUUCUGGAGCAUUCACUGGAACAGACUUCUGGAAUUCUGGCGUGAAGCGAGCAGACUAGAAUCAGAAGCAGAGGUUGAUAGCGAGAGGGCUGCUUGCUACCAGAAGGUCCAAAGGGAUUUACUGGGGUUCACGUGCAACAACUGCAAUCGGCAUUGGGACUAUGGCAAUGGUCUUCACGCCUGCAAGUAUUGCUAUAAUGUGGGACCUUUGCGAUACCUGCUGGGACGAGCUGCGAUCAGGCGAAACACGCAAAGCUCUUGUAUGCAGCAGUACACACGACUGGUACGAGUUACCGCCGUUGGACGACGGAGCAAUCUGAUUCUGCCAGGAAUCCCUCUCCUUCUGCUCCUCAAUAUCCAGACCCUCGGGGCAAAACGCCGUCGCGCACGUCAAUAUCAACUAGAUGUGUUCGGGAUCCAUAACCCUAAGCUAGCCAAGCCCCGCCUACGCGGGUUAGCGCCAGCGCGCGCAUACCAGCUUGAAGUACGAGAUUUGGUUAUCAUUGAUCGAACCGGCGAGCGCUUUCCCUAG